GCCCCGCCCCCUCAGCUCCACCCAUUGGCUCUCUGCACCGCUGCUGUCCCGUCCCUCCAGGGCCUAGAGUACUACGUCCCGACCUCCUCGGCGCCUCUGCGGCUGCUAGUCAGGCAAUCUGUUGGGCACUCCAAGCGCGGGGUCCUCGCGGCCUUCUCUGCUGCUUCAGCUUCGGUUCCGAGAGGACCCGGCACCGACUCACUGACUUGCCUAGGUGUCGGGAAAAUGAUCCACAGUCUGUUUCUCAUCAACUGCUCUGGGGAUAUAUUUCUAGAAAAACACUGGAAGAGCGUUGUAAGCCAGUCUGUGUGUGACUAUUUCUUUGAAGCUCAGGAGAAAGCUGCUGACGUUGAGAAUGUGCCACCUGUCAUUUCAACUCCUCACCACUACCUCAUCAGUAUCUAUCGGGAGAAGCUCUUCUUUGUGUCUGUCAUACAGACAGAAGUGCCACCUCUCUUCGUAAUUGAGUUUCUCCAUCGAGUUGCUGACACUUUUCAGGACUACUUUGGUGAGUGUUCAGAGGCUGCAAUUAAGGAUAAUGUGGUCAUUGUAUAUGAGCUCUUGGAAGAAAUGUUAGACAAUGGAUUCCCACUGGCUACUGAAUCUAACAUUUUGAAAGAACUGAUUAAGCCUCCAACAAUUCUACGUUCUGUCGUCAAUUCUAUUACAGGCAGUAGUAAUGUUGGGGAUACACUCCCCACGGGGCAGCUGUCCAAUAUCCCAUGGCGUCGAGCAGGAGUAAAGUACACGAACAAUGAAGCCUAUUUUGAUGUGGUUGAAGAGAUAGAUGCAAUUAUAGAUAAAUCAGGAUCUACAGUCUUUGCAGAAAUUCAAGGGGUCAUUGAUGCUUGCAUUAAGCUGUCCGGAAUGCCUGAUCUCUCUCUCUCUUUCAUGAACCCAAGGCUUCUAGAUGAUGUCAGCUUCCACCCGUGCAUCCGGUUCAAACGUUGGGAAUCUGAAAGAGUUUUGUCAUUUAUUCCUCCAGAUGGAAAUUUCCGACUCAUAUCAUACCGUGUCAGCUCACAAAAUCUAGUGGCAAUACCAGUGUAUGUGAAACACAGUAUCAGCUUUAAGGAAAACAGUUCUUGUGGCAGAUUUGAUAUAACAAUUGGACCAAAACAGAAUAUGGGGAAAACUAUCGAAGGAAUCACAGUGACUGUUCACAUGCCAAAAGUUGUGCUGAAUAUGAACCUGACACCAACACAAGGCAGCUAUACAUUUGAUCCAGUCACCAAGGUACUAGCAUGGGAUGUGGGGAAAAUUACUCCACAAAAGCUCCCAAGUCUUAAAGGACUGGUAAAUUUACAGUCAGGAGCACCCAAGCCAGAAGAGAAUCCAAGCCUCAACAUACAGUUCAAGAUCCAGCAGCUUGCUAUUUCCGGCUUAAAAGUGAACCGCUUAGACAUGUAUGGUGAGAAAUACAAGCCAUUCAAAGGAGUCAAAUACGUCACAAAAGCUGGGAAGUUCCAAGUGAGGACAUGAGAAGAGGCCAGACUUCCUCAAGAUCAGUUUGUUUUCAAGUGUCAUUACAGUUUAUUACUAUUAGGUACCAAGUGGGUGGGAAUACGUAUUCAAGCUACACUGCUAACAAAGUUGCUUAGUAAUCAAUGUCGUGUUCUUAAGGAGCUUAAGUUAAGGAACGUUUUCUAAAGACUUAGCUUAUUUUGUAUCUUUUCACUUAGGAAAAGAUGUAGGUGAUUUCUUCCAUGGGGGCUACCAGCUGAAUGCUGCACAUUAUCAGUCAAGGCAGAAGGCUAUGGUGAUCCCUCUCUCCUAAAGCAUGUGAACUGGUCUCUUCCACCAGCAGGAACUGUCUCAUUCCGUGACGUGUCAGGUGCAGCCAGGUGUCACACCUUCUGAUCUUAGCCAUCUCAAUCAGUGUCUGUCCCAAGAGAGGAGAUUGUCCCACCCAAGAAGUUUACAGAAAACUGCCUCUUGAAGUGUUUGCCUUACUCAGCUUUUCACUUGUGCCAUUAAGCAAGCACUGUAGCAAAAGCCACUUCCACAUGGCCCUGGCAGGGAGCAUCGCAGCUCCAUGCUCCAUUCUCACUGUACUUGGUAUUAUAUUUUUUAUAAAUAAGAUUUUUAUGUAAAGCUCAGAUUUUGAUUUACAAGGACCUUGCUGCAGUAAAUAUACCAUCAAUCUUGUGCCACCAGUCCAGCUGUUAGAUAGCACAGUCAAAUCAUUUGCAUCAAAGGGCAAAUACUUUUAGAUAAUGAAAGGGAACUCUACUGCUGUUAGGAAGUUAUUGCAGGCACAAGUGUUUGUGCUUGUAAACAAUUAAAGUAGUAAAAGAUAAUUAAGCAGAACCUUUGUUUUAUUAAAAAAAAAAAAAGACCUCAUGUUUUAUUAAAGCUUUAUCUAAUGACACUCUAACCUAGUUAGCCUGAAAUCUUCAUACCCUAGUUCAGCAAAGGGGGAGAAACGUGUUUCGCUACUGCUUCUUUCUUUUCAAUCUUUUACCUUUUUGUGCUUAGAUAGUUGAAUUUGCCUGUAUGCCCUCUAUCUGGGGAGCACCUCUUCACCGUAUGUAUAUCCCAAGGCCAUUGUGGUAGACACAUUCCCCCAAACUAUUGUCAAAAUGUGACUGAAGCACCUAGUGUCGCUGCUGUAUACAUGGAAGAACAUUAUACUGAAGGUCAAAAUCCUCAGUAACGAUUUAUACCAAUUGAUCCUUAUACUUGGAAAGUCAAUCUGUGUCUUGUUUUAUUCUGCAUCUUUGAUUUGGAAAUCCUGUGCAAUGAUUUUGCCUCAUUACACAUAAAAUGAAGGAAGGCUAAAAGUUAAGACAAAAGUGCUUGCUCUUCCUAGUCCCCUUGUUUUCCUUUAGAUUACUCGUGUUGUCCUUUCUUUCAUCUUUCCUUUACAUGCUAAGUCUGUGUCGUAUGCUUACUCCUUAUUGGAGUACUGACGAUACAGUAGCGCUGUCACUUUGCCUCAUCUAAUAAGAAAGGCAACUGUUGCAACUUCAAAUAGAAAUUUCUUGAGUAACCAAUCUCAGAUUGGCGAUUUUUUUUUAAGUCAAAAUGAAAAAUAUCUAUUUCCUUUGACAAGAUUGGUUAUCUAGUUCCAGUAUCUUGUUCUUUUACCUCAAAAGCAAUCAUAAGCUUCAUUUUCUUCAUUCCUGUAUCUCACCAUCCCUCCAUACCCAGACUGUGCAACUUCCCUCUUGUGCAGUCUUGUCUAUCAAAGUAGAGCUUAUACCGAGUCUCUUCUCGCCAAGAUUUUCUGCUAAAAUAACUAAGUAGACUGUGUUCUUUUACAGUUAAAUUAUUGUAUUUAUUUUGACAGAACCCAGUAAGCCCUUUCUCUAGCUCUGGCUAUAAUGUCAAUAAAAACAUGAAAGCAACA